AUGAAAAGAAUAUACGGGAUUUUUGUCGUGACGAUAUCGGCAGUGGUUCUUCCAUCCAUCAUAGCACAGCAUCAAGAAUAUGCACCGGAAUAUGCACACCCUUCCUACUCGUACAGCUAUGGCGUUAAGGACUUGCAUAGUGGCGACGUCAAGUCUCAGUGGGAGACCCGCGAAGAGGGCAUUGUCAAGGGGCACUAUAGCGUUGUCGAACCAGACGGCUCCAUUCGCGAAGUGGAUUACACGGCAGAUGCCAAAAAUGGCUUCAACGCCGUUAUCAAGACGCAUGGACCGAACACACAUCCGCAUCCCGAUGGCGAAGGCGAUGACAAUCAUCGGUAUGAUCGGGAAAAUUUGCAGUCGAAAAUUAAUCAUUACAGCAAGGAGCAAGACACGAUUAUCCUGAGUAGUGAUUUGCCACGAAAAGAAGCUCCCAUCGCGAAUUUGAAGGAUAAAAAACAACCAAUUCCGUCGUUGCUUGAGUUAAAGCCUUAUGUUGAGUCACAUUUGCCUCAAAUUAAUUACGAUGACGGAGGAGAUGAUUUCCGCCCAGUUCGUAUUCGAGAAGUGAAUGCUCCGGACUUGUCGAGACCCCAACGUCCCUUUAAUGGCAACAACAACAAUUACAAUCCCUACAAAAAAUCCGACUUUAGUCAUCCGAACUUGAACAAUGCUUAUAAUGGAAAUCAAAAUUACAACAACAAACCCGUUUAUGGCAUCCGAAAUCCCGAGGUUUCAUCGAAAUUUGUGCCGCCCCCAAGACAACAUCAAACCCAAGGCUUCAAACAUUACCCAACAUAUCCAAAGCCAACACAACGUCUCACCCAUAAACGUCCCGAUUACAACAGUUACUUCAACCGAAAAGCCCACAAUCCUCAACCGGGACCCACGGGCUUGCAAUCUUUCGCGAACGCCGUCGACGAACAAGCCCAAGCGUCGUGGCGCAUGAUCCAGAGCAUCUUGAAACAAAAUCGCAAGGGAACUGCCGGAGUCGCAACGUAUGCCAGUGAUAACAAAAAUUACUUCUUGUGA